CUCGAACCAAAAACAUCAGUCUCUUCUAGUCUCUGCGUUCGUGAAAUUCCCACUCUCUGCGUUCGAAUUCUCGGAGAGGCCUUGAGAUCUGGUAUUUUUUGGAUCGGAUCUAUCCGCCAUGGAAGAGAAGAAGACAGAAACGACGAACAAGAACGUUAAGAAGGCCAAUCUAUUGGACCACCACUCAAUCAAGCACAUCCUUGACGAAUCAGUCUCCGACAUCGUGACGAGCCGUGGUUACAAGGAGGAUGUGAGGUUGAGCAACCUCAAACUGAUUAUGGGAACGGUUAUCAUCGUCGUUGCUCUUGUUGCUCAGUUCUACAACAAGAAGUUCCCUGAGAACAGGGACUUUUUGAUUGGAUGCAUUGCAUUGUAUGUAGUGUUGAAUGCGGUGUUGCAGCUGAUUCUGUACACUAAGGAGAAGAAUGCCAUUUUGUUCACAUAUCCUCCUGAGGGAUCAUUCACCAGCACUGGCUUGGUGGUAUCUUCAAAGUUGCCCAGAUUCUCUGAUCAGUACACUCUUACCAUCGACAGUGCUGAUCCAAAAUCAAUCUCAGCGGGGAAGUCAGUUCAGCUCACCAAAAGUGUCACCCAAUGGUUCACGAAAGAUGGAGUUCUGGUUGAAGGUUUAUUCUGGAAAGACGUUGAAGCACUAAUCAAGGACUAUGCAGAAGAAGAACCAAAGAAGAAGAAAUGAUAAUCUCUUGAAGAAAUAUAUAUGUUGUUGCGUAUUAGAAAACUAAAUCGAUGGUGACUUUGUUUAGAGAUGAAACUAAUAUUCCCCAUAAGAGUAACCAUUCAGGUUUUUGUUAUAACCAAAUUUUAGAAUCAAUCUGAGAUAUUAUGAUCAA